GCAAUUGUGGCAGCGCAUUUACUUCAACAUGGAUACACCACCUGCCCAAAAGACGCGGCUAUCCCUCGCUGAACAGGUCAAGGAAGCCGGCUUCGUGUCAAUAGGGAAAGGUGCCUUCUUGAGCGCUGCUCACAAGGAUGGGAUGGUUCGGUCGAAUCGUGACGCCCGAGAUAGCAUAGACGCACCUCCCGAUGUCAUCAUCAUGUUUGGAUGGAUGGGUGGCACCUUUCGCCAUCUAUCUCACUACGCCAAGGGAUAUGCGGAACUCUACCCCCAGGCGGCUCAGGUGGUCGUGCUGAGCGAGCCACGCAACUUCUUCUCGCGCAAGAGCACGCAGGACAAGGCGCUUCAGCCUAUCAUGGAUACCCUCGGAGCUGUUGGCUGUAUUCCAGAUACCCGGACAUCGACGAGGUCAUCCCAAGUAAAGAUACUGACGCACAUGUUCUCUAAUGGCGGCGGGUUGCAGUCAACAAUGCUCGCAGAUCUCAUCCGUCGCAGAUCACCUGGUUCGGUGAGCGCUAGAAGUGCACUUGUGCACGACUCCAUGCCAGGCGUAGGCAACCUCCGCACCACGCUCCGCGCCUUUGCCGUUGGUGUUCCCAGCCUCCCGGCACGUUUGUUCUUAUAUGCGUUCUUGAGCGUCAUGCACUUCCUUGGUGGGAUUAUCCGCUUUCUCUUCGGCAUACCCAAUAUCAUCGAACGUCUGCGGAGCAAGAUCGAGGACCCGAGUUUCCUGCCUUGGGUGAACAAGGAUACCCCGCGUUUAUAUGUCUACUCGAAGGCGGAUGGUAUGGUGAUGUGGGAGGAGGUCAGAGACCACGUUCAGAGGUUACGGAACAAAGGCAUGGACGUAAAGGAAGAGCUAUACGUGGAGAGCGGUCACGUCGCGCACAUGCCGAAGGACCGGGCGCGUUACUGGAAUGCGGUUGCGGAUGUAUGGAAGGCAUCGUACAGAGACGAAAGUUCCGCAUGAGACCAUAGACUGCCACGUAGAUCUAGAUAUAUAAGUAUGAUAGCAUAUGACCACUUAUUUCUC